CCGCUCUUAUGCGUUUCCAGUCGGUGAAAACGCGAGGACUGUCCUCUCGGCGUUGCUUCUUCGCCGCCGCAACAGCUCUGCCGCGACGAACCCUCGUGUCUCACGUUUGUUCCCCUCCAAUAGCAACUGUUGCAACCUUGCAGAUGGAUUCUUCUUCCUCCGCUCCUGCUCCUCCGGAGCGCUACAGUUACAACCCCUCGAUUCGUUGGAAUCCCGAGGUUGAGGAGUACUUUCAGACGGCCUAUGGAUCUGAACGCUUCGCACAGAUUUCCAAAUCGCUGACGCACCCUUCUUCCUAUUCUUGUAUUCGCGUGAACUCUCUGAAAUCUACAACUGAUGCAGUUAUUGAGAAGCUAAUUGCCAUUCUAGAUGAAAAAAGACCCAAAAGUAAUGCAACAGAAGUAGAAGCAUCUGAAGAAAGAAGCCAAAGUGCUUCCAUUCUUAGGUGUCCUUAUCCUGGUCUUGAGCAUGUUGUGUUUGUUAAAGGUUCCGGACCACAUAUGCUUAAGUAUGACAUGGAUUCUUGCCAACCAAUGAAAGAAGUAAUCGUGAGUCGCAAAUGUGCUGAGGCAGUUCUUCGUGGAGCUCAGGUAUAUGUUCCUGGUGUUUUGGCUUGCAGUUCACAUGUUGAAAAAGGGGAUCUGAUUGCUGUGUCAGUUGCUGUGGAACAGCCAAUUUCAGAUGGUGGAUGGGCUUUUGGUUUUACACGAGGAAUUGUUUUACAGGGGUCGCAGUCAGAUCCUCAGUAUCACGAAAGAAAUGGCUUGUAUAUUGGCCAAGGAACUGCUUCAUUGUCAAGGGCUUCUAUGUUCCGUGUGUCUCAUGGGACUGCUGUGGAGAUGACAAACCGAGUGUACAAGCUUCCAUCAUUUUACAAUGUACUCGAAGGAGAAAUAUUUCUGCAAAACUUGCCCAGCAUUGUUACGGCUUGUGUUUUAGAUACUAAAGAUCCUCAAGAAGGUGAAAGAAUAUUGGACAUGUGUGCUGCUCCUGGAGGGAAAACAACUGCCAUUGCAAUUCUUAUGAGGAAUAAAGGCGAGGUUAUUGCAAUUGAUAGAUCUCAUAAUAAGGUCAUGGAUAUUUUGAAACUGGUAGCCGAGAUGGAUUUAUCUUGUAUAAAGGCUUAUAAGCUCGAUGCACUUAAAUCUGUUGUGAAUAAUGAAACAAUAUCUUGCACAACACAUGUGAACAAUGAAGAAUCAGGAGUUUCAGCAAUAGACCAAAGCUCAUCUACUUUUAUUAGAGGUGAUAAAAUCAGCAUUGAUGUGGAAACAUGCAGCAUCAAUGAUUCACCAUCACUAACAGUCAGUGAUGGAGAGGCAGAUGGGGAAAAUCACACCCGAAGGAAUAAUGGCUCUCGACUGAAAAAUGGACGAGGAAGAAAUCAAUGCACUGGUGGUAGGGCUGUAAAAUCAAAAGGUUUUAUGCCCAACAGUUUUGAUCGUGUUCUUCUUGAUGCUCCAUGUUCUGCUCUAGGUUUGAGACCUCGUUUGUUUGUUGGGGAGGAAACAAUGGAAUCUCUGAUAAAUCAUGGGAAGUAUCAAAGGAAAAUGUUUGACCAAGCUAUUCGACUUGUUCGCCCAGGAGGAGUGAUUGUUUACUCUACGUGUACAAUAAACCCAGGGGAGAAUGAGGCUUUGGUACGGUAUGCUCUAGAUAAGUACAAGUGUCUAUCUCUGGUAUCACAACACCCAAAAAUUGGAGGAAGCGGUAUAGUUGGGAGUUACAAACCAUUGGGGGAAAAAUAUGCAGAGGAUUGGCUAACAGAAAAUGAAGCUGAACUUGUUCAGAGGUUCGAUCCAUCGUCGUCUCUCGAUACAAUUGGGUUUUUUAUAGCAAAAUUUAGUGUCGGCAAGAAAGAUUUUUAAGGUCGAUGCUUCAUCUGUUGAUUUUUCUCCUCGCCCCAACUAAUCUAUCCAACUAGCUGAAAGAAAACCUUGCCAUGAAGGAUCCAAAGUGUGCCAGAUUGUUGCCUAAAGAUGAGAUCAUUCGACAUCUGAGUGUCCUCACUCUGUUCAACAUUUUCUAAAAUAUUUCUUUAUUUCAAACUAAAUUAUCAUUCACACACAUUGUUUUGGAUCUUAAGACCUACUUCUGUUGUUAAUCAUUAUUCAAAAAAAAAAAAAUUCAAAUCAA